AUGACAUCAGUCUUUCCGUUUGCUUUGUUGCUCUGUUUGUCCAGCAGACUGUUGACUGCUUAUGGGCAUGCUUCCUGCCCUCCUGGUUGGAGACAGUCUGGCUGUCGCUGUUUCGCUUUCUACAUGCCGGCAAAACCCUGGCUCGAUGCAGAGAACUUCUGCCAGACUGCUGGUGGGAAUCUGGCUUCCAUCCACUCAGAUGCGGAACAUGGAUUCAUCAAAGACUUCAUUAAACAAGUGACUGGUACAGACAGACCUGCCUGGAUCGGAGGCUUUGACUCAGUGCAGGAGGGUACGUGGAUGUGGACUGAUGGAUCCAACUUCAACUAUCAAAGCUGGGCUGGGGGGGAGCCUAACAACGCCGGUGGAGCGGAGAACUGUCUUGUGAUGAACUACAAAGAAAACUGGAACGACGUGGGUUGUACCAACCUGGCUUCUUUCGUGUGCUCGAAGAACCUGUAUGUGUAA